AUGGGUAGAGUCAUCAGAAGUCAGCGUAAGGGUGCCGGGUCCAUCUUCACGUCCCGCACUCACCGCCGUAAGGGCGCCGCCAAGCUCCGCUCGAUCGACUUCUCCGAGCGCAACGGCUACAUCCGUGGCCUGGUCAAGGAGAUUAUCCACGAUCCCGGACGCGGUGCCCCCCUCGCCAAGACCCGCACUGAGCUGUUCAUCGCCACUGAGGGCAUGUACACCGGCCAGUUCGUGUUCUGCGGUAAGACCGCUCAGCUUGUUAUUGGUAACACCCUCCCCGUUGGAAAGAUGCCCGAGGGUACCAUUGUCUCGAACAUUGAGGAGAGACCCGGUGACCGUGGCUCGCUCGCCCGUACCUCCGGUAACUACGCCACCGUCAUUGGCCACAGAGUUGAGGAUGGCAUUACCCGUGUCAAGCUCCCCUCGGGUCACAUGAAGGCUCUUAAGUCUGACUGCCGCGGUACCAUUGGUAUCGUUGCCGGUGGUGGCCGUACCGAGAAGCCCCUGCUUAAGGCUGGUCGUGCUUUCUACAAGUUCCGUGCCAAGCGCAACUCGUGGCCUAAGACUCGUGGUGUUGCUAUGAACCCCGUUGAUCACGUCCACGGUGGUGGUAACCACCAGCACAUUGGUAAGGCUUCGACCGUUGCCCGUAGCUCCGUUCCCGGACAGAAGGUUGGUCUUAUUGCUGCUCGCCGCACUGGUCUCCUGCGCGGUACCAAGAAGCUCAAGGAAUAA